AUGCGUCCUAUAUUGAAGAAGAGACCUGGAGAAGUUGGCUGUCAGUUCCCAGGAAAGUUCUCGGCAAAGAGCUGCAAUUUGAAAAGUGGAGGACACAGACAGACGAGAAGAGACGUGAGGCAGGUGGGCCUGAAAACCCAAGUCCUCAGCAAGCCUCCUUCCAACCCGUCUAAAGCUUCAAUGAGUAAUGCUGAUUCUCCUGGCCAUCUUUCCCCGGCACAUAGUCAGGGUCUGGCAGAAACCCUGGUCAAAUACACUGGAAAGCAAAAGAGAGGAGCCAGGCUAGGGGAGCCCCAGAAAGCCGAGGAGAAAAGGUGCAGUCGGGUGACAUUCAGCUUGACACCCUCAGACUUUGGGGCCUUCCCGUCUUACACCUCCAUAGAUGAGGACAUCUAUGAAACUAGCCGCCAUGCUGUCUUCAAUCCUGAGCUGGUCAUUGCCCACUGCUUCAGGCAGUUGAAAGAGAAAGACUUCCACCUGCCACAGAGCCGCAGGCGGAUCAUCAUUGUGCCUGGGACCAAGGACCAGGUGCCAGCCCAUGCCGCAAGGCCUCCUCAAGCUCCCCCUCCACCUAUACCUAGCUUCAAAGCUCUGGAUAUUGAAGACAUCCAAGAGCCACCUGUGGACAGAAAGGUCUGGUUGAGCCAGAGGGCAAGGCUCCGGAGGCAGCUGGAGUCGUUUGGUGAUGUCAAGACAUGGCUGCAGAAUAAGCCCAGCAUCACACCGUCAGAGGCCAAGGUUCUGCUCAUGAUCCGCCAUGAGCAAAAAGCCUCCGAAGAUACCUUCAUUUCAAUCAGGAGACCCAAGGGCAAAGUUCCCAAACCUAUUCAUCAACCUAUACCCCAGCUGCGACUGCCCAAGCCCUCUAUCCUGGCGGACUUGUACGCCUACCUGAAGACCCGAAAGAUCAAGAUCCUGGAGGUAUUUAGCAAGGUGGAGCGGGGUGAGAACCAGCACAUCUCGAGGGAGGAAUUUAUCAUGGCUCUAAAGGCAAUCGGAGUUCCUCUGAAGAACCAGGAGCUGGAGGACAUCGUCAUCUACCUCGGCUCUCUCGGGAAGCAGAACGCCAUCACCACCGAUGCCCUGGCCAGCACCUACAAGCAGUGGUCACUGUCCCAGCAGAAAAGUACCAUGCCCACUGCCAGGGAGUAUUUCAGUUUGACUAGGAAGAGAGCAUUCCUGAAGCGUUACCCCCCAAAGCAGCAGGCUGUCACAGCCCCACAGCCCCCCAAGAUGGACCUGCUAAAGGUACCUGAGGUUGAUACAAAGAUGGAGGGGCGGCCCAUGACAGAUGAGGACAUGGAGGAUGUGGGCAAGCGGUACCGAGAGAGGCGGAGGCAAAACAAGCUUUGUCUCCCCUCUAUCCAAUACGUGGAGAGAUGCCGCCUGGUUCGUUCUGGGACAAAGUCCUUUGAUGAUCACUGCCUACCGACCACCAUUUCUGGGGAGAUGGAGGAGCUGAUUAAUAUGACCCGCAUGAAUAACUUCCUGGUCUACCUGCAGUGCUGGGAACUCUGUGAGUCCUACGGUCUCUCGCUGACUGAGGACAUCCUCAUGAGAGCGCUACUGUAUCCUGGAGACAAGAUAAUUACUCUGAAAGAAGAAGUCCGCCCGAUCCGGCAGCCUGGAGGCUACUAUAUAGACGAGAGGAUUGUCCACAGCCUAGCUGGAUUUGGGACCCGGGGCCUCCACAAGCUCGGGGCGAAGAAGACAGACAAGAAAACAUCAAAGAAACUCAAGAAAAUGCACUUCGAGGAGUUCGAGGAAUUUACGGGGAAGCUGAAGGACAAGAGCAUCAGUGGUCCCUCAUACACCCACCCCAAUUACUUCUGGCCUGGUCACCUUGUAGACAAGCUGCGGCUCUACCUGCCCACUGUGGCCAGGGACCAGAGCCAGGCAAUCUUCAGCUGUGUGGAACGUACGCGCCAUGCUUACCCGGCCAAGUACCACUCUAAAGAUUGGUGGCCCAUGAAGGACUGGGCUUAUAUGACCCAUGCUAAUUACGAUGCAAACAAGGUGUACUCCAUCAACUAGAGUGGCCUGAGGGCUGCUGAGCCAGAAGACGGGCAGCUAGGGGCCCACAGCUGCAGACAUGAGAGAUC